AUGGUAAACGCAACUGCAAAUAAGUAUUUGAGUGUAAGUAUUGAACUUUUUCAUUUUAAAUUUUCAUUUUUGAUUUGACACUAUCUACAUCGGUGUCGUUUCACUUUUAUGGCAAUUUGAAGCUGACUGUUUAAUCUUAGGGGGUUUGCUGCUCAUUUGUAUUUUAGGAACUUUUUCAGAUUUGCAUAUUGCGUAUAUGCACGUCUUAUUUUUGGCCUUUAGAAAAUAUUUAGGGUGUCUGUGUAUUCUUUACAAGCGAAGUGAGAUCUGCCUGCUAGAUCCGAGUGCCUUUUCUUUUUCAUAGAUUUAUGCACUGCGCGCAACUGCAACAAUCUUCCUAAACCGGCUCCUUUCAAGAUCAGACCUAUCGUUGGAAAUGUUUACUACCCUACCGACCCUGCAAGAACGCGAAAGUGUUUCUCCUUCUCCAGGUCAGAAUCCUCGGAAUACACGACCCAAUUCAUUUACCUAUACCCGUCCCCCUGCUGUAGACACCAGCCUCCUACCGGAUUAUCCUUCUACAACUUCUUACCCCUUUGACAUGGGAUUUUUCCGUGCAUGCGGUGGUGGCGUUGCAGGGGGUGUUAAUAGUAUUCCAGAUCACCAUAACAUUCAAACAUUAGCUCAUACAUUUCAAAUUCCCGCCGCCCCUCGAAAUUGCACUCAGGAAGUAAACAAGCGAUCCACUCAGUUGAAUGGUUCAGCACAAAUCUGCACCUCGGACGAACAGAGCGAUGACUGCAGUCACUCAAUAUCAGAUGCGGAUCAGCAAGAAGCAGCUAGCAAUGAAGCCGAUGGCGUUUGGUCCACAGAAAUCGAACAGUUUUUUCAGGAAGCACUUGAAUUAUAUCCCCCUUGCGGACGGAGGAAAAUUAUUCUCCCCGAGGAAGGUAGAAUGUAUGGUGAGUAAACCGCAUGUUUCUUCAAGGUCAAAAUAAUUUAAGUACAAGUUUUGAAAGUGGAUGCCACUUCAUAUUAUAGUAAUAAGAUGUACAUACAAGUGGCGUAUCUUAUUUGACUGUCAGAAUCGGUUUAAUCUGCUAUCGUGCGUACUUUAUAAAUAGUCGUGCGGUGGUAUUUCACUGCAUAUCGCAUUGCGAAAUUGGUCUUAUUUCUAAUCCUGAGGUUUAGCGGGCAACAGUUUGAAAACUCAUCGUUUUGAGAAUUUUUAAUGCCUACAUUUAAUAAAUAUUGUACUUUUUGUACAUUUGCCAGUUCUCCUGUGGUCCUUGAAACGCUGCUCAAUUCCUAUCUUCUUGUGACGUCCGUAAAAAAACUUCCGUUGACGAGACAUUCGUGAUAGUGACACCCCCUGCUUUAUGGUUUUUUAUUUAAAAAAACUAUUUAAAUAACUUGCAUUAUAACUGAGGCUUGUGAAGGUGUUUUUAUUUGUUAUAAUGCCGUACCUGAUGGAGUCCCAUCUGAAGACAAAAAACUGAUCAAUUUCUUAGAUUUUGCGUUUGUUCGAGAAUAUGAUCCAUUUAUAACCCAUGCCCUUAACACCAUGUCAAAUACUUUUGUAAAUACCGUAUGUUUCUUAUAAGGAUUAAUUCUACGAAAUUAUUGCUAGAUCAAUUUCAGAACUUGCACACCAUGCGACUGAGUCACUAGAACUAAGUCGGACAGAUUAAUGCCUAAAAUGUGUUACCACGUUUAAUACGUUAAAAUACGAUUUAAAAUAAAGGGUGGAAGAACUAUCUUCAUGUCUAUCAGCUUUCACAAAUGGUCAAACAUUAUGAAAAAUCAAGUUUCUAUCCUACAUUAUUCUUGUCCCACACCAAACAUUAAUUUUGGUGGCGGGGAAUUUCAGGUUUUAGUAUUAUGGGAUGUUUUUCACAGUUAAAUUUCAAUAAAUAAUCCCCAACCGUAAAAGGAAGCCAGUUUGCAAUGUCGAAUUCAACGUAGUUGACAUUUGCUAUCCGCAAAAUUUAAACAUCUGUUUCGGACUAUUUAAGACGCACUCAAUUGGUUUGUCUUUUACCAGCAGUUGCCAGUUGGUGAGCUUGAAACUCUUAACACCAAGCGUUACAUGCUGAUUUCAGUAAGGUAGACUGCUUGAGAGGCUGGAUUUUAAAUAAUUGGUAUAUUGAAUGUUAGCACUUACUUUAUACUGUAAUAUACAAUCGUCACCGGUCUAAAAUUACUUAAUAAAAGACAUUUUAAUUUAAACUGGGCAAUCCUAUGUCCAUUUUUAUUAACGGCUUUGGAUACUGGCGAAAGAUGUAUUGUGUAAUAAUCCUUCCUAUAAUAUCGAGAAACAAAUGCUUGUAUAACACUUUUAUGACGCCUGCAGAUUAUUUGCCGCCAUAAUUUUUAGUAACUACUAAUGAAAGUUAUUUUGGGCUCUUCUGCUAUAUGUGUACCAUUAAAACAGACUAUCAACUUACUUCGAUAGAUGUCCGAAUAAUAUAAAGGCUCAUUACAGCAGACAUCUUUAUAGCCUCAAUGAGCAUAUUCUUUAAUGACAAUUUGUUGUGUACUACAUGAAAUCCGCCAACUAUCCGCCCCAGUUUUGUUGCGGUUUCACAUUUCGUUUGCAAAUAAUGUCUUCCCAUUAGCUUGCAUUUAGAAAUUGAAGUGCGAAUGACUGUGAAUUUUGUGAUGCUAGGCCGAAAUGAGCUGAUCGCCCGCCAUAUUCAAAAGCGGACUGGCAAAGUACGGACCCGCAAGCAAGUAUCCAGUCACAUCCAGGUGCUUGCGCGCCGCAAAUCCAAAGAACUUCAGGCGAAAAUACAGGACCCAGACGCCAAGAAGGAGGCGAUCGACCAGCUUUCAAAGAUGUCUUCUGCCGAAAUUGUCUCUCAGGAAAUGCUCACUUCUAAGGCGGCACAAGCAAGCCUAAAGAUGGGCACCGUUCUUGCAUGCGAUGAGCGCUUGAAUCCCGUCUAUCAUCAUCCACAUCCUCAUCCACCCCUAGCUUUAACAAACGGAUGUCCAGCCACCGUGUGUGUUGACAAUCAACGACCAACUGAAAAUCCUCGCAAGUCGACAUUCCUCGGUGAGAAGCAAGAUGAGGCGCCAAAAAGAAAGAUUAUGCGAAUAUCCGGUAAGUGCCACACACGCACCUUUUUCAUGAAAACAAUAACUGCGUCAUGGUCAUACACUUUUGCCAAGGGCCUACAGCUUGCUAUCACCCGUAGAUCUAAUGGCUGUUAAUGCGUAAGACCCGUAACAAACACGAAAAAAACCUAUCCUAAGUUCACCAGAGUCAGUUCAACGGAAAGUCCUCUUGAUUGGCUAAGCGCAGCGUAUAGGCCAUAGUUUAAUGUGCGGUCAAACGUUAAAUUAGUAAAUGUAGGACCAUGUCGAACAGUAUAUGCCAGCCCGCGGAGUUUUACCCAUCUGCGUGCCAGAACGCGCCUUGCUUUUAUCCGACAGGCGACGUCUAGGACCUAUCUGCGCUUUCGCGCACUCCGGCAUUGUUGGGAAAUUAACAGCCGCUGCUCCGGAAUGAGUAUGGGCAGUGGCAUUUUUGAUCAGUAUACUAGGUGUCCGCAUUGCGCGCAGGACUAUCCUUCUUACGUUUUGCGAAGAAGGAAAGGGUCAAAAUUACUGCAUAUGACCCUGUUAUGACGCCUCAGCUGUGUCAUAAUUGACCGCUCUAUUCCAUCUUAGAUUUGAGCCAAUUUCGUCUUGUCCGCCACAACACUCCACAUAAUUAUUUUGGGAUAACUCUCUCUCUCCCCCUUUCUGGUGCACUCGACCGGACUUGUGUACGUUUAUUUAGUAGACAAUGUCUUCUCUCCUCAGUUCUGGUCUUCCAAGUUCGAUUUAUUUACAGCGUUCCUAAUUCCUAUCUUAUGCAUAUACUCAGAUAUGCAGAACGGACUUUCAGUACUGAAGAUUUUCGUCCCUGAGGCAGUAUUUCAUCUUCUGUCUUCAAAGCAUGCUUUGCAGCUCCCUAGCUGUGGUGGAGCCUUGUCCCGACAAAAUAUACUCCGUGGCCUUUGUCAGCGUAUUAAUAUAAGUAAUAUGGUAUCUUUACAACCGUAGACAGGUUGACCGCAGCUUAUGUAAAUUUUCUGAAUUGGCGAUUUAGAUAGAAAUGCGUUUCAAAUAACCAGCUCAGCUUUCAAUUAGCCUGGGAAGGCCAUAGACGCAAAUUCUUACGGUUGCAAUUGAACCGUUUCUCUAAAGGAACAUAUUUUCAUCUUCAAGGGUUUAACUUUCAAGUCUGUGAUAUAAAUACAUGAGGAGUUAAUGCAUUGAUUCUGUUAGGUAUGUGAGGUAAACCGGUCUCCAUAAAGUAAGUGGCACAUUUGAUCUUGAAAAUUCCCAAAUUGACUGAAUUUAUUUAAGACGAAGUGUGGUCACCUUGUCACGAAACACUACUUCCAAAUUCCUUCAUCAAACAUUUGACAGAAAAGUGUACCCAUAUUGCUUUAAAACAAAAUUGGUUCUAAGUAAAAAUAUAUAGAAGACAGAAGCAAAAAAAUCGCUUUUUGUUAUCUCUCGUUGUAUUUCAAGUCAUGCUCACUUGCUAUGUGAUUGGAUCUUUUCCGACACAGGCGAAGAUUAGACGUCAUAGAAUAAAUAAGAUACCACCGUUCUUCACUGGAUGAGCUACGCUGAAAUGACAGUUCUGUCUGACAUUUAAUACAAACACAUAUAACCGCUGCAUUUGAAUAACUCACAUGGUCUGGAAGUCAACCAGCACAUUUUCAUCAGUCACUAAACUGGCGGCCUAAUUUUUGCCGAAGAAUUCUACCAACCUAUCCCACGAUUGUUUGCUCUUAAGAAGACUUUUGCGAGUCUCAUUAACAUCCUUACUUGCAGGUUACACCAACGUGCAUUUAUGUCUGUCAGAGUUACUUCUUCGUCACUCUUACCUUCGGUCUCAACCGCGCUACCAUUAUUCAGGCUUGUCUAGGCAUCAAAUUGAACCCAGACAAUCAAGCUUUGAUACUCCCGCGGCCUUUUGCGAAUUGAUUAAUACUUUGGAAGGUUUUCUAGGUGCAGAAGACGAGAACGAGGCUUCGCAGGUCUCUGCCAUACUGGGUGUGGCCUAUCUGUUCCUAAUGGAAGAUAACGCUGCUACCGUAAGACAGCCGUUAUGUGAGAGUUUUUCGACAAAUCCUUCGGUGGCUUGGGAGUACUACAAAAAAAACACGGUAGGCCAGCAAAAUGUUUGUUCCUGAGGACACUGAACUAGAACAUGGGCUCAGUGGGCUGAUAUUUAGGUGGCAUUAAGAGAAUGUUUAUGUUAGGCAUUUAUCGGUUCACACAAGCCGGGAGCUACCGCCCUCCGUAUUCAUAGUUAAGAAUUCCACGUUCUGUUAAGUUUGACUUGUCCAAGUCCUUAUAGUCUGCUGCUCUGGUUUAAUUGUGACGGAAAACUAAUCGAAAUGGAGUUCAGACUUCUUUUUUGUCAGUUAAGUUACCAUUUAAGGAUACUUUCAGUACCUGUCAGUGUGGUAAGUCACCACCGUUGUUUAGAAAUUAGUUCUGUUUUCGAUUCCAGGUUUGAAAAUACAAGAUUAAAAUGCCCAGGUGUCGUCUUCUCAAAUUGCGCGCGGAAAAUCACAAGUAAAUUUGCAAGAAAUUCCUGAUAUUUAGGGAGAUUCUAAGUCAUUUAGCGUCGCUUAAAUAACAAGAUAGAUUAAUGAGCUAUCGGACAUAUCAGUUUUAACUUUACUCUACCGCCUCGCAUCCUGAGAAUUUUGGCUCCGCAAGCCAACAAAACUUUUUUGUCUGACACGGAAGAUGACGGCAGGUUGAUUACUUUCCGACGAGGCGCAGCGGAAGUUAACAGACGACAUAAAAGUUAACUAACACAAGAACGUUCUUGAAAACAUUUAUGCUCUAUAAGGCUGCUUGUUUUGCCCAACGAAACCUAUGCCAUAGUUAUGCCCAGGGAGGCCAUGCAUGACCUUAGACUGGCCAAUACGCGACGUAAUCGAAAGAUGGUCCUUUUGGAUCCUGGCCGUCCGCGGAUUGCAUGACAGGGUGCACCCGGAGUCAGGUGUAACGGCAAAAGAGGGUGAGGACGACACUUGUGGUUGAAUGGAGCACUCGGAAUAGUUUUUUAGGCUAUGUGCGCGCCAAAUGGGGUCGUAAAUCACCUCAGCGAACACCCAUUUGUGGGGAUAGUAGGAGAAAGCGUUUAAAGUCAAUGAAAUCCUGGUAAUGGUAAAAAAAACAGAUCUAACCGAAAAAGGGGGAUAGAAGAUCACAGGAAAAACGCGUUUUUGCAUAUACAGAUGACCCAUCCGGAGUGAGAGGCGAUCCCUUUGUGUCAUUCAGAUUACCGGUGAGGAGUGCAACGGAAUGGACAACUACAGGGAAGGACCGUAGAGAAUACGGACAUUGAACGAGACAGCGAGGGUGUCUAUAGUGAACGUCUAAGGGGGGCCAUCUUUACUUACUACCGGAUGCGCCGCUCCCAUCUUGGGUCCGCGUCAAAGCGUUGUCAGUUCACUUAAGCAACUCAGUCAGAUCCCUUGUGUGUUACACAGGUUUCUCUGAGCAACCGGUACAUGGAAAAACGUCUCGGAUUGUUUACCUAAAAACGGCCAUGAACUUUUCCAUAACGGGCAGUUUGUGAGUUCUACUAGAAACCUAUAUCUAUAAAAAUGAUACCAUUUACGUCGUCCAACUCGCCUAGAUUGUCUUUUAAGUGGUCUGCUUGUGGCAGUCAGCAUAAUUUUUAUUUAGAUCCGAACUGCCUACCAGCAAUAGCAGAAUAUAAAGGGGCUCCAUUUCUCGGAAAGUUUUGAAUUCAUAUCUCUAACAUUACAUUCAGAUACCAUUUGAUAAGCUUUACUACAUCACUGCUUGUUUUUAAAUGUCAGUCUGAGAAUGCAUCUGAUUCGCACGCCUUUACCUGAAGGAGACAAAAGCCUCCGCCCGUGUGAAAUCUGUAUCUCUGUACCUAAUAGGGAAUAUGAACUAUGACUCGAUCUGGAAUUCGGUAGCGAAAGUCUACUUUGUUUCAUCACAAGGCAACAAUGCCGCAUAUAGAUCUCCAGACACUUUUAUUUCCUCUCGUUGCAAGAACCGCCUUGGCUGGCUGGUGUGGACAAAUAAGCCAGAAAUGACCAUCUCAGUAUCCUAUCUGCCUAAAUCCAGUCUUAUUUAAAGUUCGUACUCGGCCAAUUCCAGUUCGGUCAGUCCGGGUUCCACUUACAUCGCCUAGCUGUCACUUGUUAGAUGUUCGCAGUUCGAAGGGACUGACAAAAAUUCAACAAACAUUCAUCCUUCUUUUUACAGGCGAAUCUCUCACCCGCUGUCAGACGGUUCAGCGGGAGUAAAUAAAUGUGGAGGUCCAUUGCGUGCGCCGGCUUGUUACUUAGCUCUGCUGUUGUCGUUCUGAUAUCUCCAGGUUUGCUCUAGUACGAUUUAAAUCAGGUCUGAAGUCGUAAUUUCGCAGCUUUUAUCUACGCAAGCAGUCAAUUAUUAGCCUCCGUAGCAUCGUUUCCACUGUCGCUACUGACUGAUAGGUCGUCGCGGAUGACGAAGAACGCCAGUGUCUUGAUGGCUUGUGCAUUGUAGGAAUUUUCAUGAGGGAGAGUUGCGCAGUUGUGCUUUACUGGCAGGUUAGGCUCGCGGCAACUAUUCCAGACUCGGCCAUAGUGACCGACCAUACACAAAGAUCUGCGUUCAAGGUGUUGUCCUUUGUCUCACCAGAACCCAGACUGACAAUCUCGGAUGUCACUCCGGCAAGUUGCCAUAGAAGUGAUGUUGGCAAGGUCGACUUGCAACGCUCAAAAAGGCAAGGCUGCGCCGUCCGUUGGUAACCUUUAAAAUCUUGCAGCCUUUCAGAGCCGCAUGCUUGCGUAAAGGCGCGUCCUCUUUGGUGCAGCGAGAAAAAGUCGCUCUCGACCUUUCCUCAGUCAGCGAGUAUCAGUCCAUGCCCGGGCAAAAGCCGGCUAGAUAUUAGGUCAGACGUAGAACCCGCUGUGUCAUAAGGACCACAGACAAAUUGUAGAACAGGUCCUGUUUGUCGCCACUUAUAUGCCACGCAACAGCAGAGUUGGCUUUGAAAACCCAGCAGCAUCAUCAUCCUCCUCCUCCUCCUCCUCCUCCUCCUCUGUCUCACUACUGUCAACAUCAGACAGAUAAAGGUAUGCUUAUUGUUUCGAGAGAAAAGCGAACUCGUUCAGCCGAGUAGGGUUAACGCCCUGGUGUGCUUGUUAGAAAGCCUAGCUUCGUUCCGGUCGUCCUGGAAGUUUUUGAACACUGAACGGCAGAAUGUAGCGUGUCUUGCAUGACGAAUUUAUUUGGUUAAAUGGACAUCACUCAGUUAGAUUCGUUGAUACCCUGCCCGAUCGUGCGAUCAUAGCAACAAGCCCUAGAAGGCCUGUGCCUUUUGACUCACUAAUCUCGAGGGUUUCUGUGCGCACGGAGAUUAAAAUACGGCUUGAAAAUGUGGCGGACUUCGUGAAUUAUUGGAACCGAAAUGCGUAAAAGGCAAUUUCGAAAGUGGCGCACAUUUUUACCAGGUGAUUACAGUGGGCGAGAUUGUUCAGCGUUUCCUUAAGACAGUAACCAAUGUCACGAAAUUCUCAGCGGUCGCUUUUGACUUAAGAGUGUGGUAGGCAUAUAUAAAUAGGCCAAUUAUAAUUUUUACAGGCAUUAGUGCAGAACGAUAUCUCACAAGUGCCUUUAAAAACGCUCAACUCACACAAUGCCUUCUGCUUGAAAACAGUCCAAGUUUCAGGAUUUUAACUCAUAGGUGCGUCGGUUUGCACAGUGCACGUGCUCUUAGCAGUAAUUGCGGCGGUGUUGUCAAGUUAUACGCAUAUGCCGCUGAUUCGUCUUCUCUUAUGUGGUAAAUUUCUGCCUGGGCUGGUGUGUUUUCGCAGGUUAACUAUGUAGGCAAGAAUUGUUGGUCGUUUGCCAACUUAGGACACCCUCGUAUCGCAGUGUAAAUUGGUAAUUUUUUCACUCUUCUAGGUCGGCAUUAGUUGUCCUUUUUGAAUUUGAACUGUAUUUUGUUUCAGUGGUGCAGGUUUAGGUGGUUUGGUAGACAAGUGUUUUCGACACAUCCUGGCUAGCUCCCGAGGGCAAAAUGACAGUUCUGCGUGGUUUACCGUGCCGGCAAUACAGGUACUAGCUAGUAGGCCAGACACGUGUUUCGCCGACAUUUCGUCAUUGCGUGACACAGCUGCGAGGGUUUCGGCUAAUCGGUGGACUCCUCAGCGUUCCCCGUGUGCUUUCCGGUAUAUCCACCGGUUUUACAAUUGCGGCCUUUCAGUCUUUUUAAAAGCUAAUGCGCCGACUUGGAGUAAACCACUCAGAGUGAUGCUUUGUAAUAGGGCAAAUAAUUUAGAAACUGAAGAAGGAGACACGAUCGCUGGGACAAGAGCUUUUUUAGCCUGACGUUUUGGAUUCCUGCUCGAACCCAUCAUCAGAGACAAAAGCAGGUACGGGUGGUUCAUGCACAAGAGGCUGCAGUAUUUAUAGGAUGCAGUCGCCAUGCUACCGCAUGACUAGGAAUAUUCACGGCUCUCCUCUUCAUCAGGGAUCGUUGCACGUGGUGUGAUGGCCGACAUUCGCGUCGUUAAUUGCUGCAGUUUCAUCACGUGCGUUGGAUAUUGGUGUGAAGAUUGCUCGACCAUUUGACGCGCUGACCCCGGGGUUGGGAAAAGUGUUCACCUGUGCGCUCCCCGCGGUGCCAAUUUCUCCGCCUAGGCUAAGUCUCAGUGCCGAGUAUGGAAUGGGAAGAUAUUGCACUUGUUAAUGGACUAGGUGCCAGUAAACCAUGACUCGAGCAGCUGUCGGCUCACGCAGUUGUCAAUAGAAGCCAAAAGACGGGUCCCAGGAAAGAGUCUUGAAGAAGAUGACACGAUCGCUGGAACAAGAGCUUUAGUAGCCUGAUGUUCCGGAUUCCUGCUCGAAGCAGAUACUGUUUAUAAGCUAUGCAGAAGAGAGUUAGAGUAACAACACGAAUCUCAGCCGCAAUUCCACGUGAAACGUACUAAGAAUGUACUCGGUUUCUGUGUUUUUAUAGAGUAUUUUUGGACCGGAGCUUUUCUUUAGUUUUUUUGAAACUGCCGGAAGUGAGCGUUUAAUUUAAAUGACGGAUUUCUCCCUUUGUCUCGUUCCCCAUAUUUGCUAGCAGGGUUUUCUAACGCAGGUACAUAUGAGGAUAUCCGUCCUAUGUCAAUUUGUUUGAUCUCGUUGUGUACUGCUUUCGAUGACUGACAAACAAGGGAUCGGCGCAACGUCACGAGUUACCACCUACUGGGGGCGAUUGCAGAGUAAUGCAUACCUCUUCUUAUGUCACUCAUUAACCACUGGAUUCCCUAAACAUAGGCUUCGCGAGCGGAUACGAGUGCAUCUAACUGAAGCACUUUUAUUCUGCAAACGACGAGUAUUAGUUGGCGAAACUGUGAAGUAAUUUGCAUGCCGUUUCGGCCCCGCACACAAUUCCAUUAUCUAAGGCAGAGAAAAAAAGUUUAACACUUGCGUGCUAACUCUUGAAAUGCUAGCUGAAAUUCUGAAAUGCGUUUUUGACUCGAAAAGAUUACUUAAAUAGGGCUUUUAUAUUGAUCACCAUGCAGCACAAUUCCAUAAUAAUUCAGUUACUUCAGUUGUCGGCUUUUGAAUAAACUUCAUUGCGGUCGCCUGCGAAAAAUACACUCUGCGAAAAAUGGCUACUUCUGUAGUGCACAUUUCUCUCAUUGAUUUUUAUUGCACAUAUAAAUUCAAAUAUAUUUUAUAGAAAACAUGCAUAAAAAUAUUCUUUUACUCAUUUGGUCGAAAAUCACUUCUCUAAAUUCUAUACUUGGAGAAAGGGUGUAAUUUGUUUUUAAACCGUUUCUAAUUACGAAAUUUUUAUGACCAUGAAAUGUCCGCUCAUGAAACGUCGUGUAUCUACAUUAACGAAUCUUGCUUCUAAAUCUUACGAUAUGGCUCAACUCUACUGUCAGUUUUUAUAAACCCCAUAUGGUCUUUUUUAAAACCUUAUGGUAAUGUGGAACCCUCCGAACACGGAAAAUAUACAGCUUGUAUUUUGGCUACCCUGAAUGCAAGUGUUAAGUAAGUCGGGUUCAAAAUUAUGCGGUGAAUUAGAAGGGUUUCUUUAGACCGAAAAGUACCAUUUCGUUUAGUAUAAACUUCAUUGAAGAUGUGCGUUUCUACCAAAGGAGUGAAAGAAUGAAUAUUUUCAUGCAUGUUUUCUAUAAAUAUAUUUGAAUUUAUAAGGACACCGAAAAUCAAUGUGAAAAACUCAUACUGCAUAAGUAGUGAUUUUUUCAGAGUGUGAUUUGCGCAAGCGACUAUAAAGAAGUUCAUUCAAUGGUCGGCAUCCUGAAGUAAUGAAAUUAUCAUGGGAUUAUGCUACGUGAUAAUUAAUAUUACAACCCUACUUAAGUAAUCUUUUCGAGUCGAAAACACAUUUCACAAUAUCGAUCAACAUCUCCUAAGCUAACACAUCUAACGAAUGCCUUUUUGGUAACGCACCUCGGCACACCAGCUUGGGCAACACUCUUUAUAUAUGCAAUAGACGGCGAUGCAGAAUUUUGGGGAUUCUACUUGUUAUCCUUCAUUCUACUUGUUAUCCUUUUUUCAAGACCCUCAUAGCUAGAUAUGCCGUACGUUUGUACCGCCACUUAGGGUCAAACCCAAGCGCGGGUAGUCCAGUAAUUGUAGGACUGACACCUUGCGUUCUACGUUGCUAUACUAGGAUGGGACGCAUAGUGUUCCGAAAAGGUUAUUGCCCCUUUAUUCCAACCGAAUUCGUAAAAUUACUUGGCAACUGAAACUAUUGAUGACGCUCUCUGUGAGUUGAUGUCGAUACCUGGAUGAAUGGCUGUAUGUGCUUGUCUAUUUGGUGUAACAAAAACAUAUUUGCAGCUCUCUUCUCCUUUACGCUACUUGCGCAAUUAUGCGUAAAAUAUUCUGACCGAGGGACCGGGUAAUAAACAUCCCUGUCGUACAGGAUGUGUUCGCUGCAUGCUGUCUGCCUUUUAUGUGUGCAAGUAAGAGAAAUCAGACAGUCCCCAAAUAGCUUUGCUUAUUGUGGUCAUUUUAACUUUGCUUUGUCCGAUCGCCACCAGUGGCUAUAGGAAAUUAAAUAUGGCGCAGCCCUCAUUUACAGGUACAUCAAUAGACAGGAUAGAAUACUCUCACAAGGUUACAAUUACUGUAUGGGCGAUCUCUUUCCCUUAUCAUGCACAGUCUUUUUUGUGGACCAGGACAUCGAUCGUCGUAAUAACUGUGUGUUUUAGGAAUAGAAGCGGCCUGACGCCAACAAAAAAUGAAAACAUGUCGAUGUAAAUAGCAUACGCUUCAGUGUUUUUACUUUCGAUUUUGAACCUGUGGCUCUAAAACUGGAAGGUGUUUUUGAAUUUUUUCCGAGAAAAAUCUUACCCCGAAUUUGUGCCCAGCAUGCACUAGGUCACAAACACUUAUAGAAAAAAUUGCAUUUCAUUUUGAGUCACAUUUGGAAAGUAAGAAAUCGGCCUUCUUGUCGUUCAAGUUGUCAUUUCGGCGUAGUCUGGGUUUCAUUCAGUGUUAUUGGGGUGCAUUUUGUCUUAUUUUAUUUGAAACUGUAGACUGCGUUACAUCUACGUCCCCUGCCAUUUUAAUCUGUUGAAUCGCUUAGGAACCCGUAGAAUAAAUUUCCCAUUUAAGUCCUUUUUCCGAAACUGCAUCCUAGUCAUUUAUGCAUGGAUCGUCCACAUUUAGUGUUGUUUUUGCUAAUGAAUAUUGAGUCAAGUUUGUUUACGUCCUCUGGAAAGGUAACUAUGCGCUUUCCAGUGCUGCUAUCGGGCUUCUUAUGAGAAUGCGUAUAAGAUGCCUGUUGUUAAAGCCAACAAUCCUUCCCUUAGGGACAAGAAUAAUUUUAGGAUCUUAUGGGUUGUCGCUAUUUUUGGGCUUUGCGCUAUAUGAGACCAGUCCUACCUUGCCUGUUUACGCCAUUGAGUUUUGCGUUUUUUAUUACCCACAUGCCAAAUCGCGCAUCUCUGGGUUAACUUUUGUCUGCACAACUCCUUUUAAAAGUCGCCAUGUUGCAGAACCGUAUGGUUUUCUUUGUGUGGUGAUACUAACGCCUAUUUUAAAAGGUUGUUUAGAUGAAAAAGCCCAUUGAAGUAUCCGCGAUUUUAAGACUUGUAAGCCAUCAGAUGGAUGCGGGUUCAUGUGCGGCUUAAGUACAAGUCGGAAAAUAGAGUAGGUUCUGGUCUGCAUCUAAUCGAAGUUUUAUAGAGGAGUAUUCACUUUGUCCGACUGGUAAAAAGUUAGGUUUUGAGGUCUGAUGAACACUCAGCUUUUCUGCACAUGUACUUUAUCGACGGUCUCACCGAAAUUCGAUUGGGUAGACGUCAGUCGGUAUUACGCAUCCAAUGGGCAAACUGUAUUUUUCUCGUGAAGUUGUGUUCACUGCGUGAUGAGUUUGUUGGGAUGAGCAUUACGUAACUGGCAUUUGUUUUUUAACAUCGAGCUUUCGCUUUUAAAGCAUUUUUAGCCUCAUAGACACUAUUUUUGCUGCGUUCAACACAGAAAUUUGAUAAGGAAUCCGCUUUUACCUAGGUUAUGUGGAUAUUAUUCGGGGAUAAGUUGGAACAGUACACAGACGUCAAUGACUCUUUUCCAGUGGGCAGUUGCUCCGGGAAUAAUCACUUUUGUAUGCACGCCUAAAAUCUUAUUUUUUAUUGUAAACGUCAAGUAUCUGAUGUUUUCACGUUACUUCCUGACAAGUGUACGUCGGCACAUCAAAGCCUCCAGCUGGCAAGCGUUAAUAACUAUGGUCUGACCCGCCAAAGUCUUAGAGACAAUCGAGGGUGGCGCAGGAUUCCAGACUAAACAUUAUGGCUUUGCCUUUAUUUUGGAGUCCAAGUCAAAGCCUCAUAGGUUACCGCAUAGCGACGAAUAGUCAGACAUUCAAGUAAGGCAAGGGGGAGAGAAAUGCCCAUCUACGCCUUUUUUGUCGACCAUCGGCUUUUCGCUUGAUGACUGGGCAGUUAUCUGAAGAAGUGUUUAGUGGCAGAUGUUUAACAAUGGGCAAAUGAAAGUGACUCGCAGUGGUCCUUAGAUAAGUUUCUGAGAAACCACGACUGUUGAGGAUUCAAUAAAGUCGACUCCAAAAUGACAUGAGAGUUUAAGAAAAAUAUACGCUCUUUACAAAUGAAGUGUUGAGGCCAUAUUUGUUUUCUGUCUAUCCUCGGCUAUCAGAAACCCUCAAGAUUUCAUGGUUUUGUUUUCGUACAGAAGCCACUUGAAACAUGAGAAGUUUAAGAAGUGUAGUUCCCUACGAAACGGUUGCUAGGACAUAGUUAUAGAUGAAACAUAAUCAAUGUGUGGUGCAUAUCUAAUGUUUGCAUUUUGGAACGGCAAGUUCGGUUGUCGAUCGGGAAAGAAUAUUUAGCUCGGCGAGUGUCCGGACACCAUAGGAUGAUGUUAGUAAUAACUGGGUGUAAAGUUUGAUUGCAAAACAUAGUAAACGAUCGAAAAUCAAGACCCCAUGUUUUAGCCAAUCACAACUAUGCGCUCAAGACGAAUUUACAUACUCGCAUACCAACUCUUUCAAACAAAGUCACCUAGUCGAUCAGCUUUUUUUCCGUCCUCACGUUACUAGCCAUUUAUUUUAAGCAGUUUGCAUCGUCCGGCUUAUUAUCGAAGCAGAUUUUGCAAAUCAGUUUCGGACGCAGUAAACAAUUAAACGUCAUAAAGGGAUUUUCCUUAAAGACCGAUCGCGGAUAUCUGCAUCCCCUUCUCCUGAUUAAGUGUAUACUCGAAUUUGUCCGAUUGCUAGGGAUUUGCUAGAAGUCUUUCUAACUAUAUAUACUUCGGAAUACGAUGUGAACAUUGAAACAAGUUCUUUGUGAACACAGUUGACCGGCAUAGUUCAUUAUUUGACGGAAGUAGUACUAGCACGGCUUUGUGGGGUACGGCUCAUCAGUAGGUCCAGCUGUGUUUCCCAUGUGUUUUCUGGUACAUACUUCAGAUCUGAAGCGUCAACUUUUUGAUCUCCUCAGAAAUCAGUGUGUUAACAUGGAGUAAAUCUGUCAAAACAAAACUUUAUGGGGUCACUCCAAAAGUUGAAAUGAAUAUUUGAGCCGAAAUCCAUCACCUUCGUCGGUAUAACCGAACAAUAUUCAUAAGGUGCCAACAGGUUUUCAGUAGUAUACCCGUUGUAUGCUUCGCCAUACGAACACCACACAUACUCGCAUAAAACCCAAACACGUACUUUUGUCCUGGAAAAGGCCUAGGAUAUGAUCGUCGCAUCUACUCCUCUUCAUACUUUUCUUCUAGGCUUUGGAAAGUAGAAUUCUCAAACCUGCACCCUAACCUGGUGCUCUUUGAUGGUAGGAAUUUGAUCGUGACCUUUAACGGCUUUCAGACCAAGCAAGUGCAACCACAAGUAAAACGGAAGCUUAGACUCACCUAUUUUUUAACGUUAUUUUUUCGUUAUCUUGGAGCUUUUGGUAAAUUUUAAACAUACGAAAUAGCGGUUAUCGUCUAGAAACGACAGAAAAAGUUAAGCAUCUUUAUUCGCAAUGGCAACUGAGUCAGAGGUAACCAUCUGUAGUGUUGAACACAAUUUCUGCUUUUCGUUAGUUUUAAAAUCUGAUCGUCACACCUAGCUGCUACUGAAGGUCAGAAGAAAGUUGUCAAGAACAAAGGUCUAGUGCGUCCGGACACACAUUGAUGGCAGCAAUAUUAAAUUAGAAUAACAGCAGGCCAUGUGCCAUCCAAUCGCAUCCUGAAGCGCGGCACGAAACUGAGCACGCACGCACGCACGCAUGCGAACAGCUGUCAGUUCCGUGGCCGACAGCAUCCUCCUGCAUCCUCUCCUCUACUACCACCUCUUCCCGACGUAGACUUCGCAGCAAUCAAUGCAGGCACACACACACACCGGCCUCCACCCACCAGUGUUUGUCUUCCUUCGAUCAUACCGGACCCUUGACCACUGAUCGCGGCAGCUCCUAGAUUCCCUAUCCCUCGCGCUCCGAAAGGACAACAGCACGCUGGCUGGCCGGCAGUCUGUUGUCAGCCCACGCAGUCGGAUCCGGUGGGACGAGCGCCCAGGCAGAGGCCGCUGUGUGCGUAUGUGUGGACGCGCGCACACAGUUUCUUUGAACUUUUCCAGACAUCGGGAGGAGAACAACAGUGACAGAAACGUCAGUGGCAGUAAUGAGCGCCGUCUGGUCGUCUUGCCCCACAUAACACACAUGCGGUGCUGUGCGGUGAUUGGGAUUAAUAAACUUGCUUGCAUUUACACCCUUGUCCGCGUGUACUCGGCAGACUGGCUGGCUGCACGCACAAACACUCGGAAAAGGUGAUUUAUGAGGGAGAUUUGCGCUUGUUGAAACGUCCACAGGCCACGCCUUCUGCAGAGACGACGAUGCAAGACCUUAAUUACAGCAUCGCCAUUUGAUGGGGCAGCUAGGAGUGGUCGUCUGUCAGGCGUCUGUCGCGACUAUUUGGGAGCUGAUCGAUUUCCUUUUGCCGAUCUGAACGCAGGCAGUUGAGACUGUGUUAGAGAAGUCAGUGCAUGAGAAAUCGAAGAAUACUUAACUUUUGGGCAUUCAGUCGCCGUUUGCUGACAUUCGUACAGUUUUCCGAAAACAAAUAACCUAUUGUCCCCGACUGAUAACUGCUUGGCAUGGUUCACACAGUAGAAGAAAAUAGACUUUUUUGUCAGUCCACACCCAUCGGAAUGCUCAGACUUGCCAUCCAUGCAAUGGAAAUUAUGUCGUAUUGACCCAUUUCGUGUUCGAUUUUAGUAUGUGCAGUGAGUAACCGAUCUCAUGAAAUGUUGGCCGAAAUUCUGAAAUGCGUUGUCGAUUAGAAAGGAUCGCUUAGGUGGCGUUGUAAUACCGGUUAUCCAGCAGCACACUCAUAUAAUAUUUCGGACUCGCCUGGAUGUUGACUUUUGAAUGCAAUUGUAUUCGACCUUUCGUAGAAGCUGCACUUGGCAAACAGUGACCACUUAUGUGGUAUAUUUUCUUACAUCUAUUUUCGAUGGUCUUAUAAAUUCCAAUACAUUCUAUACAAAGUAUGCGUAAUUAUAUGCUGUCUUUUACUCUUUUGGUAGCAACUCACGUUAGCUUCCUUGUUACUCGAAGAAGGGAUAUAUCUCAGUUUUAAAAGGUUUCUAAUUAUGCGAUUUUAAAGACCGUACAAUGUCCAUUAAUUCGGCGUCGUACCUGUCCGUUUAUCAAUACUCCUUAUGAGAUGCACAACAUUUUCCGCAUCUACUGCAAAAUGUUAUAAAAUCUAUAUGGUAUCUUCUUAAAUGAAUAGAGGAAUUUAUCACUUUCUUUACGCGGAAAGCAUACACCUUCAAGACUGAAAUCGCUAAACGCUAGUGCAACGGCUGGCCUGGCUCAAAAUUAUUCGAGCUUUGGAAGACUUUCAAAACCUUGAUAUACCCUUCCUUUGAGUAUAAAAAGUAAGCGCGACGUGAUUGGCUACCAAAUGAGUAAGAAAGCAUAUUUUAUGCUUAUUUUCCCUAAAAUGUACUACAAUUUAUUGGACCAUUGAAAAUCAAUACAAAAACUGCGUACACUUUAAGUAGUCACUUUUUACCGAGUGCAGUUUCUACGAAAGGUCGAAAAGAAGUGUAUUCAAAAGCCAACAUCCAGGCAAGUACGAAAUAUUAUAGGAUUGUGCUGCUUGGUAAUCAGUAUUUUAACGCCACCUGAGUAAUCCUUUCUAAUCGAAAACGCAUUUCAUAAUUUGGGCCAACAUUUCAUGAGAUCGGUCACGCACUGAAAAUGCCAGACAUUUUUCUACGAGGCCGUAGCAGUUUUUCGCUUUCUGUCAUUGCCAUAGACAUCUCUCUCGUAAGGAUGGAUUUGAGGGGCUCACGACCGGAUGAGUACGUGGGUGUAACUUACGGUUUGAAGGAGGAAAGGUUAGUCUGGUGUCGAAGUUGUUGGAGAUUAUCUUCUCUCCUCGAGCCUUUCGCCUUGUGAUGAUAACGUGGGCUUACGACAAGGAUAAAACGUGACCGGAAAUUGCGGCAAUAGCAAGGAUAAGCGGGGCUGACACCUUCGGUAUUGGUCAUCUGAGGAGUGACGGUUUGGCUGACAACGACGGCAUUACGAUGAGUGCAAAAAUAUUCGAAAAGGCAAAUGCAGGCCACAGACGUACGUUGAGAGCACAGUGUCAGGUUAAGAGGGUUUGCGCAUUAGAAGAGUUGGUCAGAAUUGGUCCAGUUUAGUGACAUUUAGUUCGACUCCAUUCUCGGCCUUCACUUUGUUCAGGUACGUGUCUUGGUAUUGUACAGCAGCAAGAGAAAAUUAAGCAUAUUCAGGAGGACCUCAACAUCAAGUUUUUGAACUUUACUGGGGCCUUUGACACAGUGAGUAGGAACAACUUGUUCGAAGUGAUGAAGGGCCGAGAUGAUGCUGGAAUAUUUGCCACAUCGUUGGGUUUACGCCAUUUGCGAUAAAUCAAUUCGAACGCUUGCAUGGUUAACAUUGCGGAGAGGCAAAGUUGUCAGUGGGCUGUUAUCAGCCUUCAACCUACCGUUUCCUGCAAUGCUGAUACGGACGUGCACCCGGGCACCAGCGUGAUCACAGCGGCACCGGUAGCCGUUUGAUGUCCAGCAUAUACAAAUCUGUCAGACGGCUUCGGAGGUUGUCUUCGCCAUCUACACACGUGAGGCUGUACACUCAACAAUGUGGGUACUUUGUACUGAUGCCCAGAAUACCUAGUCCUUCGCAUGUGACGGAAACGACUACAGUCUAGCGGGUGCAGUGAUGACUUGCACGUAAUUUGAGCUUGUAUGGAUGGAUAAUUGCGCAGCAUUUGCCCCUCCCCGCCUCUUGUCAUAGGCAUCUUUCUCCAUUGACAAGACUACUAGAAGACGCGUGGAAGGGGUUGUGGGUGCAGUAAUCGAUGUGGAUGAAUCAACGUCUACGCUGUCACUCAUCUUCAGGCGCCCAGAUGCACAUGAGCCAUGCCUCAAAAGAAGGGGUCUUGGAUCGCACUGAAGGGGGUCAUCACGCAACAUGAUCCUCCGUGGGAAGAAGCACUUAGUUAUCCCGUCAUCUUGCAACCUCUCAAGCCAACCUCACAUGAUUGCACUGUUAGAGCACACCGAGGCCCCUUUGUUCGCUAGUCAGUCAAGACCAGGCUGACGGAAAAGGGCCAUGUGCGAUGAGCGGGAAUUGUUUCACAUUAUUCAACCCCUCUAAACUUGCCCUCGUUGCAAACCCACACCUCGAUUAAUCUACUUUGUUCCUUUAAUUUUAACCAAAUCCUCACAUCCAAACUACGUAAAUGUCAACCUAAUCAAGGGCGAUCUUUUAAUUCCGCUGAACAUUAAACCUAUAGUAAAGAAAAAAUGGACUUACUUAGGCUUGCACGACUUUUUCUAAAGCACCGCGUAUGUAAGAAGCCCAAUGCUUACAAAAUAUUAAGAAAUGUAGUGUGGUAAUCAGAGUUCUUGAGAUUUUGUCCAUGCAAUAUUUUUUGCGUACACAUUCUCGUCCCGCCACUGAUAUUUGACGCGGGAUUUGGCCUUAGGGGGGCAGAAAGGAUAGGCCAGUCAAAAUAUUCUUUACUCAUGUAAUAAUAUGGUCAUUUGUGUGAUUCUAUUCAUCCAGCCUCCCUGCUGUCCGCAUAUUGUGAUUUUCCACGUGAUUAUAAUUUUCUCUAACUUCGGAGGAAUCAUCAGUAGAUUUAGUGGAAUACAAGCGUUCUUUUACGUCUGGCCUGAGGGAAAACUUACUCUGUUCUGUAGCAUUAAAUUAUGACCUACCUGUUCUCCUGUCUUUCUAAAAGUUCAAGAUGUUUCAAAAUAGGGUCCUUUGGCCUUGGUUGUCGAAUUGGUCUCCCUUGUCUUUGUCGGUAAUAACAUUCUGCCUAUUGGUCAUAUAUAUAUAGGCAGAAUGCUAUUACCGACAAAGACGAGGGAGAUUGGAAUGGCCAUUUCUGGCUUAUUAGCCGUCCUCAGCCAGCCAUAUAUAUGUAUGUGUCUGACGGCAUUGAGAAAAGUUGCCGACGAAAGGGGUGUGGGUGCUCACCCACACGGUCGAAAGCGAGAUUUCUCUUUAAUGCAACCACUUCUUUUUUCUUAAUUUUCGCAUUUUCCGAGCUUGUCUUCGGAGAAUAUGGCCAGAUUUUGAAAACUCAGAUAAGCAAUAAUGUAGAUCAUGCACUCUUUAAUCCUGGGCAAUGAGAAGCUAAUCGAAGAAGUUGUAAGAGCCCCCAAACUUCUGAUUGUCUAGCAAAGGUCGCAGAAGUUGUCAACUUCUGGACACUGGAUCCAAUUAGAUCAGCUUUCAACAAAGCCUGUAACAGUAGAAAUACCAGGCAGAGAUGUUGGUAAUGAACGAUAAACUCUCGUCAUUCUAAUGAAAGGGUUAGAGAGGGAUUUGUGUCCAGCAACAGCACAACCGUUUGCACUAGACUAUUUUCUUAUCCCAAAACAGAUCUUGCGGCAUCUACUUCCGGUCUUGCGAACCUACCCCAUCCCGAACUCGGAGGUUUACCCCACGCCACUGAGAUGCUUGACUCAGCUGCUCUCAUGCUGGCUGCCUCACGGGAGUCCGCUUUCCGGGCCGCAGCAGCAGCUGCAGCCGCUUCCUCCUCAAAGUGCCAUCCGACGCGCCUUAAACGGGAGCCCUCUCCCCCUACCUCGGACUCCUACUUCCUUGCCGCCGCGGCAGCCGGAGUACCCGGAUGUUUAGUGGGUCCCAACAGAGCUGCCGCUGCCGCGGCCGCAGCUGCUGCCUUGGGUGCCAAUGGAUCCCCCAUAAGUGGCGGCAGCAGCGGUGGCGCUGUGGGCCACCUGCCCCGCCUCUUCCCCCCACCCGAGCAUGGAGACUUUGCCAUGAUGGGGGCUCCGUUGUCAUUGGCGCAACCGAUGCCAUCAAGGUCCCAGGGUCUUGCGCUGGCUCAGGAGCAGUCCCGAGCGCCGGUCGUGGCAAAGAUGAUGCCGCCGAACUUUGCCACAGCCGCUGCUGUUGCAGCUGUCUCUCGGUACACCUCCUCGCCCCUAGCGAUCACCAGCGCCGUUGACGUCCCAUCUCUCCCGCAGGAACCGAGCCUACGACGGUGGAUUAAUAGGUCAAUUGCCUCAGAGAAGCUGCGUCUAGUGGAGUUGUGCGCUUUCAUAGAGUAUCCCCUCCCGACUCCGCCGGAUGUGGUUGCUGGGGUGAGUGGUUUCUGA